UCCAGCGGAGAAGUUCAACUCGAAACGCUUGUCACUUGUCAAACUUUUCAAAAGAAAAGUGAAAAGCCGCUGUCAUCUUUUUAUUCUCAAAAUACCGGAUGGAGAACCAAAAGGGGUCUCGAGCCAAAGAUCAAAGUUCACGUGUACAGACAGGAAGCAGGUCUGACCUGCCAAAAUCAAACGAUGGAAAGAGGAAACGCACUCGUUCAUCCCGCUCCGAACAACAGGGUUCUGAAGAAGGUCAUUUUCAUCAUGAGCCCAUCUCUGAGGGUGUCGGAGAGAGGGUUUGGUUCAAUCGCAGCAUUUAUGAGCAAGCCGAUGUUGCCUAUCAGACCUUGUUGAGCUCAGGGUCUGGGACCCCUCUGGUUCCCCCAAAAGAAAGAAUUCCUCACACCUUGGUCUUCAGGUCCAAACGGAACACUGGUCAGCCAUACCAAGAAGAGAACUCCAUGCAUACUCGUUGCUUUACAUCACGGCGUGAUCGGCAGGAUUCCACCCAUCAGCGCUCCUCUUCUGAACCCAAGAGGGCUCGACACGUCACCAGCGGUAGCAGAAAGAGAGUCUACUCUGCGACCGAAUGCGCCCCUCCAAGAAGGGAGAACAUUACAAUGAGUGCACUUCAGGGACUCGCCCAGGAGAAGAUCUGGUUUGACAAGUCCAGAUACGACGAGGCCGAGCGGAGUUUCUAUGAGGGGGAGAACGGCAUAGAACAGACUCCACAGGAGAGAGAAGCUAGUGCCAUUCUGCAGGACAUUGCUAAAGCCCGAGAGAAUAUCCAGAAAUCCCUAUCCGGAGUCAAGACUGCACUGCAGGCUAGUAAAGGACACGCUCGCUCUCAGAAACCCAGAGAGAGGAAGACUAGUCAGAAUGCCAGUAAAUCUGAAGAUCAUAGUGAAGUCAUCUCUCGCAUGAAGAGCCUGCAACUGGACAACAAGAAUUUGCACAAAGUGGUGGAUGAUCUCAGAGCCAUGCUGUCCAAACUAGAAUCCAGAAUGGCUGUGCUGGAGAAAAGCCAAGGGCCUGCUAAAAAAACAGCUCCCGUCACCAAGGCUGCUCCCGUCCAGAAGCCCAAGGUUGCGGCACAAAAUGGUGCUGAUGACGACGAUGAUGACGUUGACCUCUUCGGCAGCGAAGAGGAAGAUGAGGAGGCAGAGCGCAUCAAAGCCGAGAGGGUAAAGGAGUACGCAGCGAGGAAGUCCAAGAAACCCGCCCUCAUCGCCAAAUCCUCCAUCCUGCUGGACGUCAAACCCUGGGAUGAUGAGACCGAAAUGAGCAAGCUGGAGGAGUGUGUACGCUCCAUACAGAUGGACGGGCUCCUGUGGGGAGCUUCUAAGCUGGUUCCCGUCGGCUACGGCAUCAAAAAGCUCCAAAUUGGCUGUGUGGUUGAAGAUGAUAAAGUGGGAACGGACAUUCUGGAAGAGGAGAUCACAAAGUUUGAGGAUUAUGUCCAGAGUGUUGACAUCGCUGCUUUCAACAAGAUCUGAGCCUGUUACAUCCAAGAUCCAUCUCACACUGGGUUAUAUCUUUUAUAUCGCACGGUUACCAAUAAACUAAUCAGCCACGUGAACAAAACAUCA